CAGGGGUCAUACCUAUCACUUACAGCGAGGGCAACACAAUCAUUUCCACAAUCAUUUUCAGGACUCUAAAUACAUCUCGGAUUAACAUCCAUUGCGAGAUCACAUUUUUUGGUAUUUUAUCAUGGACAUCUUAUUAUAACAUUUGAAUAUUCCUUAUUAUAACAUUUGAAUAUUUCAAACUACUUUAUUAUUUUUACAAUUCGCUGCAGAGAGUUUCAAAUACAUCAUUUUUUGAUUAGCAAUUUAUCAAUUGUGCACCUGGUAAUUUAGGAGAUGGUGUCUAGGUUGCAGAUAUUGCUCUUGUUGUGGUGUGCGGUCGCUCUCACUUGGGCACAAGUUGCAUUCAGCGACGUAAUGGAUAAUGGAAUAAAAGAGGAACUAGAACAGACCGACGGACCACUGCUAGAUGAUGAGAUGGACAACCAGGAGAACGUUUUAACUCAGCUGCUGGGAGAUUAUGACAAAGUGAAAACGCUGUCGGAAGGCUCAGACUGUCGCUGUAAAUGUGUUGUCAGACCGCUGAGCAGAAGUGCCUGCCGGCGGAUAGAGGAGGGCGCCGCUAAGCCCGAAGACUUUUACACAGUGGAGACCCAAUCGGGGCCCAGUUGUAAAAAGUGUGCCUGUAUAGCCCCGCCCUCUGCUCUGAAUCCCUGCGAGGGAGAUUACAGGUUCAAGAAGCUGCAGGAGGCGGAGAAAGAUGACAUCAAGCUCUCAACAGUAAUGGAGUUACUGGAGGGAGCGUUUUACGGGAUGGAUCUAUUAAAGUUGCACUCAGUUACAACCAAACUCCUCAACCGGGUUGACAAUAUAGAAAAGACCUUUUCUUGUAACCACACGGAGAAGGAUAAAGUGAGUAUGAGGAGCCCCUCUAGUGAGGAAAAGGAGAGAGAGAAGGAGAGAAGAGCCCAGCAGUGGAUGGAAAAGAGAAAACGUCUGACUGAGCUGGAGCCGUCCCUGCAGAAGGAUACAGCUGCAGCUUAUGCUAACACAGAGAAGAAGUAUGAGGAGCGCUACAUUGGGGCCAAGGGCCAGGGGACCACCAGGCCCAUGCUGAAGAGGAGCCAGCAGCAAAACAGGGAGGAGCCCCAGAAAGGCAAGGUGGGACUCAACGGCAUGGUCAUCAGAGGAGUGACUUUCUACAAGGCCAACACGGUGGACGAUGGAGCCGCUGAGGAGCUCACAGCAGACGAAGCCCUGAGCGGUGAUGGUUCCAUGGACCUGCUCAUCGAUGACCAGCUCCUGAGACCCACCCAGCCCAGACCUGUAGCAGGCACCCCGACACCAACAUCGCAAGACAGGAAGUGGAACCCAGACAACCAGGCCACCCGUGCCUCCAAAACAGCCCCUAGUCCCCAAGGGAAUCCCACCACAUCUGCCCCUAGAGCUACCGAGACACCAUCAACCACUGUCUUCAUCCCGACCACAACCAUUCCAACCACAACUACGGCCGCAGCAACCAUCACUACUACAAAGGUUGCGGCAAGCGCAAGCACCACUCAACCAGUGGCCACUAUGAAACCUGAAACCUUGUCUGUUUUGACCACGUCUCUAACCGCUGCAGUGCGACAGGUCAACAGCACCACAGCCCCACCCAGCAAGGUGACUGGUGCACCCAAACCCAAGCAUCACAUCAGCUGGACAGAGGGCCACUCAGAGGUCCCCUCGGCGAUCCCUAAAGUCCCUGGCAUGUGCAAAGACACUCUGGCCUCCAUCUCGGACCCAGUGACCCAUAACACCUAUGGCCGGAAGGAAGGGGCCUGGAUGAAGGACCCAAAAGGCAACGCAAAUGUCAUAUAUGUCACCAACUACUACUACGGUAACCAUCUACUGGAAUUCCACAACAUGGACAACUUCAAACAAGGACACUACACUAAUUCCUACAAGCUACCGUACAACUGGAUCGGCACAGGCCACGUGGUGUACAACGGAGCUUUCUAUUACAACCGCGCCUUCUCCCGUGACAUCAUCAAGUUCGACCUGCAUCUGCUCUACGUGGCGGCCUGGACGACGCUGCACGAUGCCGUGUUAGAGGAGGAGGACGCCUCCUGGAGGUGGCGAGGACACUCGGAUAUCGACUUUGCGGUGGAUGAGAGCGGCCUGUGGUUAGUGUACCCUGCUCUGGAUGAGGAGGGCUUCCAUCAGGAAGUAAUCAUCCUAAGCCGUGUGAACCCAACCGACCUCAGCCUCCAGAGUACGUUCAGAACGGGCCUGAGGAGACACUUCUACGGAAACUCCUUUGUCAUUUGUGGUGUCCUGUAUGCAGUGGACAACUACGAACGCACCCACGCCAAUAUAUCCUACGCCUUCGAUACGCACACACACACCCAGAUGAUCCCCAGAAUACCUUUCACAAACAACUACACAUACACGACGCAAAUCGACUACAACCCUAAGGACAAAAAGCUGUACGCAUGGGACAACGGUCACCAGGUGACCUACAAUGUUAUAUUUGCAUAUUAAAAAGCAGACGAGUAGUGAUCCAUAUAAUAAAGGGACGAGCACUUUUUUGUAUUAAAGAUCCUAAAUAUAUACACUACCAUUCAAAAGUUGAAGAACACCUACUUAUUCAAGGGUUUUUAUUUGUACUAUUUUCUACAUUGUAGAAUAAUAGUGAAGACAUCAAAACUAUGAAAUAACACAUAUGGA